AAGGUCAAAGGUGAAGGGACACUAACGGCGGCGGCGCAAAAGAAGAAGCGCGGAGGAUGGCCAAGCACCAUCCCGAUCUCAUCUUCUGCCGCAAGCAGGCGGGAGUGGCUAUUGGACGACUGUGUGAAAAAUGUGAUGGCAAAUGUGUUAUCUGUGAUUCGUAUGUGCGGCCCUGCACACUAGUGCGCAUAUGUGAUGAGUGCAACUACGGCUCCUACCAAGGGCGCUGUGUGAUAUGUGGAGGUCCUGGAGUCUCUGAUGCCUAUUACUGCAAAGAAUGCACCAUUCAGGAAAAGGAUCGGGAUGGCUGCCCCAAGAUUGUCAACCUAGGUAGCUCAAAAACAGAUCUCUUCUAUGAGCGCAAGAAGUAUGGAUUCAAGAAAAGGUGAUACUAUUUCCAUCCUGAUGCACCUGCCGGAGAUGGGAAGGAUCCUUCACAUAUCUUUGGACUACAUUUCCCCCCCACCCCAUUGGAAAGCAGUUGGUUGGUUUUCUUUUCCAGUCCUUGAAAACCAUUGGGAAAGCUAAUCUCUACAAAUAAAUGCUGGGAGACUCUUGGCUCACUUCCCUUUCCUCAGCUGGUGCUUAUGUUAAGAGAGGAGAGUAUUGUCUCUAUAUCUAUGCCUCAAAUUCUGGAAGUUUAGAUUUCUGUCCCCAAGGUUUCCAUGAAACUCUUAACAUCUUGUGACUGAUACCUUACACCACAAAUUUAUGACCAUUCCCAUGUUUUCCCUGAAGGAAUACCUAAUCUUUGUCAUUGUGGAUUAUGCAUCAAUAAAGUUUUUUUUUUAAUACUCUUCUGCUUAUCUCUAUUCUG